CGGCCGGCGAGACAGCGGUGAUGGAGUGCGCGCCUCCGCGGGGUUUCCCGGAACCGGUCAUCUCAUGGAAACGCAACGGCGAGAAGAUUAACACCGGUUUCGGACGGAUUCGACUCAACGGCAAUAAUCUGAUGAUCAGCGAAGUCAGACCCGGAGAUGAGGGCCGAUACCAGUGUAUCGCCGAGAAUGUAGUCGGCGUACGGGAGUCUCCGCCCGCUAUACUCAACGUUCAGGUGAAACCAUUCUUCAUAAGAGGACCGGAAGACGUGACCACAUUAUCGAGUGAACAUGUUGAGUUUCAUUGCAAAGUGGGCGGCGAUCCCACGCCGACUAUCACGUGGCGCAGACAAGAUGGUAAAAUGCCAAUCGGAAGGGCACAAAUACUGGAGGACAAGGCGUUGAAGAUAAUUCACGUGACGCCUGCGGAUGAAGGGGUAUACAUAUGCGAAGUGGAGAACCCGGUCGGCACUAUCACCUCCUCGGCCACACUUAUCGUUCAUUCUCGUCCCACAUUUCUGGUUCAGCCGAAAGACAUUCGAGUGCCUGUGAAUAGUGUGGCCCGACUGGACUGCGUGGCCACCGGAAACCCUCCGCCCUCUGUGUUCUGGACGCGCGAAGGCAAUCAAGUGCUGAUGUUUGGCGGCAAAAGUCACGGCCGCUUCUCCGUGUCCUCUGAGGGGACGCUAACCAUAUCGGGUGUCCGUAAAGAAGACAAAGGCUAUUACGUGUGCUCAGCCGUGUCGGUCGUGGGCUCAUCGAUGGCCAAAUCGUAUCUGACAGUGUCAGCGGUGGCCGAUGUGCCGCCACCGCUCAUCAAAUUAGGUCCGGCCAAUCAGACACUACCUCAAGACACGAUCGCAAUGCUUCCCUGCGAGACAAUCGGUUCGCCGCAACCGGUGGUCAAAUGGCUGCUAAACGGCAAACCCAUACCCCUAUACGACCCCCGGUUUGUUGUGCUCGACUCCGGCGCCCUUCAGAUCGAUGACCUCCAGAAGGCCGACUCCGGUCUCUACACGUGCAUCGCCUCCAGCGAGAGCGGGGAGACCUCUUGGAGCGCAUCCCUGGCCAUAGAGUCGCCGAGAAAUCCCAACAUA